AUGUGCCACCAAAACAUAGAAGCUACUAUUGGUGACAUCCGCCAUAAUUAUUGGGUGCCACGACUAAGAAGUGUGUUGCGCAACGUCAUUGCUAGUUGCGAUGUAUGCCGCUUGAGUAAAGCUACCAAGUCAGCGCCUUGGAUGGGACCGCUUCCGUCGGACAGACUUACUCCUUACGAACGGCCGUUUAGCUACACUGGCUUGGACUACUUUGGCCCAGUCACUGUGACAGUUCGACGCAGUACCGAGAAAAGAUGUGUUGCGCUCUUUACAUGCCUUACAGUGAGAGCUGUGCACCUAGAAUUGGCUCACGAUUUGAGUACUGAUUCCUGUAUUAUUGCCUUACGUAAUUUUGUGAAUAGACGUGGUGCGCCCAUAAAAAUUAGGUCUGACAAUGGAAAGAAUUUCGUUGGCGCCGACCGAGAAGCAAAGCGAUUCGCAGAAGUGUUCGACUGCGGUCGCUUACAAAGUGAAUUAUCACAGAAAAACGUCCAGUGGGUGUUUAAUUCCCCAUUUAACCCUUCAGAAGGUGGCGAAUGGAAGAGAAUGGUACAGUGCGUCAAGCGAGUUCUACGUCACACUUUAAAGGAAGUUACACCAAGAGAGCAUACUCUGACAAGUUUCCUGAUUGAAGCUGAGGACGUCGUUAACUCUCGUCCACUGACGCAUCUGCCUAUCACUGCCGAUCAAGAACAGYCUCUGACCCCUAACGAUUUCAUUCUGGGAGCAGACAACACGCCCCAGACUCCUAUAGCAGACACUGACUUGGGAAAUACUUGUAUGCUACGCAAGCAGUGGCGCAUCGCGCGUCAAUUGAGGGAUCAUUUUUGGAAGAGGWGGAUUACUGAGUAUCUACCUACAUUGACUMGCCGUGUSAAAUGGUGMMGUAGAACGAAGCCAUUGGAAGAAGGAGAGUUGGUGUUUAUAUGCGAUCCUAACGUUCCACGACAAGAAUGGUGCCGCGAUAGAGUGGAAAAAGUAUACCCUGGAACUGAUGGCGAAGUACGACGAGCAGACGUACGAGCUUCGACAGGAAUUAAACAACGAGCAGUCUCAAAGCUAGCCGUUCUGGACAUUGAUGGUGGUGAAUCAGGUUGA